AUGGUAUUCGGCAUGGGCUCGUGUCCUCGGUCAUGCACUAAACUUAACUUUUCCUCUGUUUGUGGCGGGUGGGCGCCGCCAGAGGCCGUCGCCGGGCCCAAGCGGCGCAACGCGACAGUGUUUGACCACUCCGCGCGAGCAAGCUUCCUCCAGUCAUUCGCCUCGGACCAUCGCGUUCCAGCUCAGGCAUUCGAAAAACCCUCUUACAUACCAACAGCUCCGACGAUGGACGGCUUUGAUUGUCAGCCCUGUAACCGGCACUUCCACCAGCACGCGCAUUACGAAGACCAUCUCAUCCACUCUGCUCGGCAUCAUUAUUGCAGGCCCUGCCAGAGGGACUUCGGAUCUGCAUCUGCCAAGCAGGCUCAUCUCAACCACUUUGAAAGCCACGCGAAAUGCGAAUGGUGCCAACGCGAAUUCGGUCAGGUGGGGAGGCUGCAACACAAUGCAAAAUACCAUGAGCAAUGCCAGAAGUGCGAUAUGUGGUGCCACGACGAUGACAUGAUCGACCAACACUGUGCAAGAGAUCACUCCGAUUCAUAUUGUUCACCAUGCCGAACGCACUUCUCGAAUUCCAACAAUUUGUCUUAUCAUCUCAGAUCUUCGGCCCAUCAGCUCAAGAAUAUCCAUUGUCCUCAUCGAUCUUGCAGCCAGGGCUUCGUCAACAAAUCGUCGUUGAUCGGGCACUUCGAGGCCGGCACCUGCCCAUCCGGUGUGGACCUAGAGAGGGUAGACGAUUACUUUGCCUACGAUUGCGACCCUCAAGAAUUAUUUGUCCGACAACAAAUGAUCUCGCCUUACCGCGAUUGGGACAUCGAUGAGCACGAUGGCCGAUUCCCAUGUCCAAUGUGCCCUAAAGCUUUCGACCAUCCGGGCCAGCUUUAUGCCCAUCACAGAUCUCCCAAACACAAAAACGACGGCGAGAAACCUUAUAUCUGUCCUUCUGAAGCCUGCGGAGAAGCCACGUUUUAUUCGCUGAGUAGCUUGAUUCUGCACCGUGCGGCGGGGAUUUGUGAGGCGAGGCAUGGGGACCAAUUGGGCAAACUCAUCGAUCAACUGUGCCGGAUGGUGGAAAGGCUCUGA